AAAUUAUUCAAUGUGAGAUUGUAUUAAAAAGGAAAUUAGUUCUGCAAAAGAAAUUUUAUUUAUUUGUGGAUUUACAUAUUCUUUAGUUUUAAAGAAAAUAUACUGACCAGAAUUAUUUAGUUUUAAAAAAGUUUUCGGCUUCAGUGAAAAUAUAAGAAUGCGUGUAUAACAAAUGUGCAGUGCCAAGUAGACAACUUUUUGCGUGAAUUUUAUUUAUUAAAUUUUUUGGGUAUAAUUAAAACUUGAAAAUGUCGGAUUCAGAAGCUAGCAACAUGUCUGAUAGUGGUUCUGACGUUGGAAGUAUGGGCUCAAACAGGUCCCAACACAGCGUUAGGUCAAAUUCUGGUUCUAGAGCUUCAAGAUCUAGGUCUAGAUCUCAUUCGGCGUCCAGAUCUCGAUCAAGAUCAAGAUCGCGAUCUCGCUCAUCUCGAUCUAGAUCUCGUUCUGGUUCACGAUCUGGUUCAGAUACUGGAAAAAAUCGGAGGCGAUCACAAGAAGAUGACGAAGAUGGUGAUGAAGAACAAGAACCAGAGGGCGAAGACUUGGAUUCUGAGGAAUAUGAAGAUGAUGAAGAUGAUGAUAGGCCAAAGAAGAAGAAGAAAAAGGAGCGUUUCCGAGAAUUUAUUUUUGAUGAAGCUGAAGUAGAUGACGAAGUUGAUGAAGACGAUGAAUGGGAAGAUGAUGCUAAUGAAUUAGGUAUAAUUGGCAAUGAAGUUGAUGAAGUUGGACCAACAGCAAGAGAAAUUGAAAUUAGAAGACGCGGUAACUUGUGGGAUACACAUAAAGAAGACGAGCUAGAAGAAUAUUUAAGAAAAAAAUAUGCCGAUGAAUCAGCUGCAAGACGUCAUUUUGGUGAUGGGGGUGAGGAAAUGUCAGAUGAAAUUACACAACAAACUCUGCUUCCAGGAAUUAAGGAUCCUAAUUUGUGGAUGGUGAAAUGUAGAAUUGGUGAAGAAAAAGCCACUGCCUUAUUGCUUAUGCGCAAAUUUUUAACUUAUUUAAAUACUGAUGAACCUUUACAAAUAAAAUCAGUUGUUGCUCCAGAAGGCGUUAAAGGUUACAUAUACAUUGAAUCUUAUAAACAAACUCAUGUGAAGGCCGCAAUUGAAAAUGUUGGUAACCUUAGAAUGGGAAAAUGGAAACAGGAAAUGGUUCCAAUAACUGAAAUGACAGAUGUAUUAAAAGUUAUAAAGGAACAAGCUGGUUUGAAAGUUAAACAAUGGGUUAGAAUAAAAAGAGGACUAUAUAAGGAUGAUAUUGCUCAAGUUGAUUAUGUAGAUUUGGCGCAAAAUCAAGUGCAUUUGAAACUACUUCCACGUAUCGAUUACACAAGAAUGAGAGGUGCACUGAGAACAACUCAAUCUGAGUCCGAGGCUGAAAAACGGAAAAAGAAAAGACACCCCCCGGCAAAGCCGUUUGAUCCAGAAGCUGUUAGGACCAUAGGUGGCGAAGUUCAUUCUGAUGGUGAUUUUUUGCUCUUUGAGGGCAAUCGUUAUUCUCGCAAAGGCUUUCUUUACAAAAAUUUCAAUAUGAAUGCUAUUAUUGCUGAAGGAGUUAAGCCCACUUUAGCGGAAUUAGAACGUUUUGAAGAGCAACCAGAAGACAUUAACCUCGAAAUCGCUGUUGGCAGUAAAGAUGAUCCGCAGGCAGCACAUUCGUUUUCUAUGGGGGAUAAUGUGGAAGUGUGCGUAGGUGAUUUAGAGAAUUUGCAAGCUAAAAUUAUAGCUAUAGAUGGUGGAAUGAUUACUGUAAUGCCGAAACAUCAAGACCUAAAAGAUCCAUUAAUUUUCAAAGCAAGUGAAUUGAGGAAAUAUUUCAAAACUGGAGAUCACACAAAAGUAUUAGCCGGAAGAUAUGAAGGCGAAACCGGUUUAAUUGUUCGAGUGGAACCUUCACGGGUUGUCUUAGUUUCCGAUUUAACAAUGCAUGAAUUAGAAGUUUUACCGAGAGACUUGCAACUUUGUUCAGAUAUGGCAACUGGGGUUGAUUCAUUAGGUCAAUUUCAAUGGGGUGAUUUAGUACAAUUAGACCCGCAAACUGUUGGAGUUAUCGUUAGGCUGGAACGCGAAAAUUUUCACGUAUUAGGAAUGCACGGUAAAGUAAUUGAGUGUAAACCAACAGCCCUUCAGAAAAAACGGGAAGAUAGAAACACGCAUGCAUUGGAUUCCGAUCAAAGUCAAAUACGCCGAAGAGAUAUCGUGAAAGUUAUAGAAGGACAACAUGCGGGUCGCCAUGGAGAAAUUAAACAUUUAUACCGGAAUUUAGCCUUUUUGCAUUGUAGAAUGUAUACUGAAAACGGUGGUAUUUUUGUUUGUAAAACCAGACAUUUACAAUUAGCUGGUGGUAAUAAAAACACUACGAACAAUUAUGGGGCAGUUACUGGCUUAGGUUUCAUGUCUCCAAGAAUUCAGUCGCCAAUGCAUCCUUCAGCUGGAAGAGGUCGUGGAGGAGGUCGCGGGCGUGGUCGAGGAGGAUUCUCGGUUACGCGUGAUAGAGAAAUUUUAGGAAAAACUAUUAAGAUUAGCGGUGGUCCUUACAAAGGCACCGUAGGUAUUGUUAAAGAUGCCACAGAGAGCACUGCUCGCGUAGAAUUACAUACUUCUUGUCAAACAAUUUCGGUUGACAGAAAUCAUAUUGCACUUGUUGGAGUUCCUGGGCGCGAAGGAAGUCUCUCGACUUAUGGAAGAACUCCUGCACGCACACCUGGUUAUGGCUCACAGACACCAGUUUAUGCUGGCGCUGGGUCUAAAACACCAUUGCUCGGUAGCCAAACUCCUAAUUGGGAUUCAGAAGGUCGUACACCAUAUAGUCACAGUGGUGCAAUGACACCAUCUCAUGAUGGAAGCAUGACGCCAAGACAUGGAGCUUGGGAUCCGAAUGUUACUAAUACUCCAGCUAGAAAUCAAGACUUUGAAUAUAAUAUGGAAGAGCCAAGUCCUAGUCCAGGAUAUAAUCCAAAUACGCCUGGAUAUCAAAUGAAUACACCAUUUGCUCCACAUACUCCUGGGACAAUGUACGGAUCUGAUCAUAGUUAUAGCCCAUAUAAUCCAAGCCCAAGUCCACAACCAUCACCAAAUCCGGUUGGUUACAUGAGUACACCGUCUCCGUCAACAUAUUCACCAAACACACCAUAUAAUCCUCAGACACCUGGUUCAAGCUUAGAUUCUCAUAUUGCAGAUUGGUGUACAACAGAUAUUGAGGUUAAAAUUCAUACCCAUGGAGAUCACGCUUUAGUUGGACAAACAGCUAUCAUUCGGACUGUUUCAAAUGAAGUAUGUACAAUAUAUUUACGCCAGGAAGAUCGUACAAUAUCAAUAUUAAUUGAGCAUUUGGUACCAAUACCACCAGAAGUUGGUGAUGAAUGUAAGGUUAUUUAUGGCGAAGAUAGAGAAGCAACUGGAGUAGUUAUUAAUAAAGACGAUCAAGAUUAUAUUGUUCAAUUUAGUAACGAGGAUGAACCGAAAAUAAUUCCCGGAAAAUAUUUAUGCAAAUAUAAAUCAUCCAAUUAAAUACCGAAAUUAUGUAUUUUUUCGUAUAUUUUUAUUCUAAAUUGCUUUUUAAAAGGUAUAAAGGAAAAAAUUAUUAACAUAAAUAUAUUGUAAAUGCAGUUUGUUUUUGUCUUCUCCAAAUAAAGAUGAUAUCGAAAACUUA